AGCAUUGGCGCGCGGCCUGCCGUCGCGGUCGGUCGCCUCUCGCCAUGCCAUAGUCAAUCCACGCUUCUCUUUCCUUCUCUCCUAGUAACUAAUACGUAUCAUGCAUUCUCUAUUGUAAAACUGGUGCUCAAAUAACAUAUAUUUUUAUAUACGGACGUUAUGGAGAGUUGUUGAUAGGUUUAGAUUAUAUUUUUGGUAUAGAAGUGAUAGAACCGCCAAGAUGAAUUUUAUCGGCGCGGUCGGCGGCGACGGAGAUGACAGCGACGACAAGGAGAAGGAGGAGGAGGCGGAACGCGAACGACAGGAGGCCAUCCGCGAGGCGGAGGAGCGGCGCAAGGAGAAACACCGCAAGAUGGAGGAAGAGAGAGAGAAGAUGCGCCAAGAGAUAAGGGACAAGUACAAAAUCCCCAAGAAAGAGGAGGUGGUGGAACAGCAACAGCAGGAGCCCGACAACCCCCUUAUGAGGAAGAAGAAGACGCCCGAGGAGCUGGCGGCCGAGGCGGAGCUAGAAGACCAGGAUGAAUUUACUAAAUUGAAAAACACCAUCGAAACGCAAGUUAACGAACUAAAAUCGCAGAUCGAGAGUAAGUGCGUGAUGCAGUGAGCGCGCAGCGCUGGCGCCGGCGACAAGAUGGCUGCCGUCGCAAAAUGGCCGCCACCACAAAAUGGCCGCCGCAUGGCGCCACGUUUAUUAUUAUAUUAACCGAAUACAUGAUGUAGCUGUGCUAAGGUCACUGUUACGAUGUUUCACCCAAACACAUCUCCCUCCCGCCCAGGACGAUUUCGUUCGGAUAAUCAUUCGCGCUCAAAUUCGUAGGAGAGAUUCGAAUUCUAAAUUUUUUCGGAACGUAGUUGGCUAGAGGCGCGUUGGUGCUUGAUAAUAAGCAAUAAUAUUUUUAUACAUUCAUAAAAGUUAAUGUGAGCCCUCGAUCAACCGAUAUGUACUUAAAGCGCGUUCCAGCAAGGUCAAAAAGUCAUUGCCGCAGCGGCGCUCGUGCGUAAGCGUGCGUGCCGUGCGUGAUCCGUGCGUGCGUGACCCGUGCGUGUGUGCGCGUGCACGCACCGCGUCGCGGCGGCCCGUGUGAAAUGUGAAACAUACCAGUUUUAUAUGUUGACGCUUGUGAUAUAUUGUUAUUUAAGUGUAAAGAGGAAAUAAUAUAAAAUACAACUAGACGAAACGGUGUAUUAUUAUUAAAGAGGGAAAUAAGUAAUAUAGGAAGACUUAGCACGCGUGUAGUUGUUUCAAUACUCGACUGUGUUUACGAUACUUCUCUCUCUCUCUGCCAGCGGCUACAUUGAAAUAACAAUGUAUUAGGUCUUUACGGAUAUUUGUUUCAUCCAAAUUCCCCGGCCUCGGUCGGAUCGCUCCUUCGCGACUUCAACUAUUGCCUCGACUCUCUUGCAUGCGUGCUUUUGCAGUGUUACUCGGUGUUGUGUCUGUGUAUUCAGUUUAGGUGUACCUGUAACCGACCUAGCCUUAUUGUCCACAUCGAACAUAUAAUAGGAACCGCGCGGAUCGCCGCCCUUGUCCAUUUUGUUCUGCAUGCCUUUAAUAUAAGAUCGAUGUUCGUUUAGAGUAAUGUAAAGUUGUAGAUAUCAGAGACCCACACAUCGCGUUUACGUUCAGGCACGCGACGGUCGAAUCUAAUGUUUUAUCGAUGUUUUAAUGCUUAGGGAUAUAAUGUUACGUAGUGAGAGCGAAUUCUUCGAGCGAUCUUGCCCUUUGGUGCGACAGUUUGAACACUUUGAACGGCGAAGUACGACCGAGAAGGACACAGAGCCGGUUGUUCGGAUAAUUAUCUCCACGUAUAACGCUGCAAAUGCAAAAGAUUUGUUAUCGUCAAAAGCUGUGAUAUAUAAAUAAUAAACAAACGCUAGGCCGGCGCCGAGCGAAACACUUCUCUGGUAAUAGCUUCCUUCGACUUCGAUCACGCAUACCGGUCUCUCUUCUAGGACUGUGAUCGCUUCGCAUUCGAUCAGCACAUCAUGUAUUUACACUAAAACAGCGUUCAUCCGUUCUAUAACAUCACGCUUUAGAUCUAAACUAUCAUUUCUUUCUACUUCCUUUCUGCGUUUCCUUUAAGUACCUAUCUAUACUGUAUUCUGGUCAAUUAUAUCCUACCUUCAAUAUCUAUUGCGAAAUCAGAAAUACUAUUCAAUAUACACACACAUGUAAAUAUUAAAAUACAACAAUAAUUUCUGAUUAUUUAUCGAGAAUGCUACUCUAUUUUCUGAUGUAUAAGAAUCAAUAUUUUCUCGCACUCUACUGCACACAUAUGUAUAUUUUCAUAGCUUGUUUCGAUAGGACCUAAUUUCGAGCACGCAUAGCAUUAGCUCUUGCAACAUGAACAUGAAACCACAAUUAUGUCCUGAUUCAUUGAUCUGUUGGACAACUGAUGGGCAUCGCUUCUCUGAGCUCCCGUCCAUACUUGCAAACAUCACUCUCUUAAAACUAAUGUAUAUCUUUGUAUUUCACGUUGUAUGUGUGACUAGCUUAGGUUUAUCAUCAGACGUGGGAUUUUAGGGAGCAAAAUUAAAUAACAGGUGAGGAGUUCCUAUAUCGACAAAAUUACCGAUGCUUUUAUGAACUCCCUGCCUAUCAUUUAACUUUGCCCCCUAAAAUCCAAUGUUUGUUUAUCAUAUUACAACAGAUAGUUCUAUGUAUGUGCAUGGCAAUCAUAGUUAAAGGUUGUUUGUAGCUAUUCGGAAUAAACAAUAAUAGAUAUAAGAUUCAGUCGGACCUGUCGAUUUUGAUAUCAUUUUGACACGACCAAUGUUCCAAAGUUCACCUCUGAGCUCUCCUUGUAUCUUAAUGUUAGUUGCCACUUCUAUAUCAAGAAGCUAUCGAGUAUAUACCUAUAUAUAGUACCCUUGUCUGUGCGUCUAUCUUCGAUCUAAUAGUAGGUAGUUUCUAGCCUGUGCUCUUCGUUGUUGAUUCCCGUUUAAAGUAGUAAUAGUGCUAGCAGAAGGAUUAUUUUGGUACGUAGAUACUUGACUAUCGCUACUGUCACUAAUGUAAAACUAUAA